GUCCAAUUGUUAAUACCCGUCUCCCAUCACCAGCACCAGACCAGCACGCAUCGUUCAUUGCAUACGGUAGAGAUGGCUUUUGACGUUGGCACACCCAUAAACACAGCUCUCCUGCUUUUCAUCAUCUAUUCAGUUCAGAAGAUCGUUUUCCCUUCGACUUCACCUCCAAAGGAAAUUCCCAACGAAUUCAGAAGCGGAUACUCGUGGCUACCUAAAUCUCACCAGCCCACAGUUUUGUUCAAGACUUAUACUCCAAAAACUCUGGAACCCUUCCAUGGCAAGGACAACGGGAGAAUCUUGCUUGCGAUUAAUGGUAUAGUGUUCGAUGUGACUGCAGGUAGAAGCUUCUAUGGACCCAACGGCAUGUAUGGAAAUUUUGCUGGUAGGGAUGCUUCCAGGGGAAUGGCUAAGCAGUCUUUUGACAUCGAAAUGCUUACUCCCAUCGAUCAACCUCUUGAUAAGCUUGCAGACCUACAGCAGGAUGAGAUUGAAAACAUGAAGGGUUGGGUUGAACACUUUUCCAACAAGUACAUCAUUUGCGGGAAGCUCGUAGAGAACGAUGCUGCUUGAAGGCAUAAUUGAGGACUGAAUCUGGAUGUACCUUGUAUAUUUUCUAUAUUUUCACCGUUGGUGUACUGUUUUCCUCAGUCUAGAAAAUCUCCGCACUUGAAAUUUUACUUUUCAAAUCUGUUGCUUUCUCAUGCAUAGUUUCAAUCUAAAAUUCGACUUUCCCAUGGA